CGCAAUCGUAAGUAGGCAUAUUGUUUUUAAUUCUGCUUAUGUAUUCACUCGUUUCUUUCUGGUAGCUCGGAUUGAAAUAAAUUGCAGGAACUAUUCAACCUUUAGGCCCUAUUGUUUUAUCGCGGUGGCGAACUAGAUUUAUCUUCAUAUUUUUGUGUGCGUGUGUUCAUUUUAUCAACGAUGAUAUCAUGCAAUUCUCAACCCUUUUCAUGACUGUAUCGAGUCGUCCUGUAUGUAUUUAAAAAAAACUCCUCUGAAUGCCAUUAUACGUCCACUGUGGAAGAAAUACAUACAUGUACAUCUCCACUAGAAAAAAAUAUAUAACACCAUCUGUAUGCAUCCAGAAAAAAAUAAUCGGCGUCCAUGUCGGUAGUUGGUAUUAUAUGGUAGUGAUUGUAUCACCUAAAUCGCAAUUAUUGUUAGAAUAGUCAGUAACAUAGGUCAAUCGUGAAGUAUAUUGACCUAUAAUAUUCUAUUGAUGCCUGGAAUAUAUUAAAGCCCUGAUCGUACGAUGGUUGCAUUAGAUACCGCUGGAUUUGAUUCGACCAAGGUCAUAUACCUGUAGACAGUCAACGCAGAAAAUCGAGUCGUAAUACAAUGAGUGUGUGUUCUGGUGAUUAAUGGAUCAACACAGACAAUGGCUUGAUGACGAAGCAGUUCCAAUCAUACCGUUUUGCCCUUUAAAGAUAUUUGUUCAGUACUUUCUCAUCACAAGGGAAGUUAUACGAAAGGACUCCAUGUAAGACGCCAUCAUCUUGGUUGCCAUGGCAGAGGAGAAAGCGAUUACGUUUGCUGUGAAGUUGACCUAGAGGUGCAUAUUUUCUGCUAUCUACGGAAGACAUUUCAUUGAAGUGUAUACAUGUAAUGGGAUGGCGAGAUUAAAUAAACUGCGCUAAACUAUGACUGGAGUUGUAUGGUAUGAUCUUCAAAAAGCAAUAUUGCACCAACCGACGCCCAUGACAUCGACCACGCCUUCAUCGAACACGACAAUGGACUUCGACAACAAGGACAAGAUUUUGGUUUCAGAAGAUUUCUACAUUGGUCUUACCCUUGCAAUCUGUUCCAGUGGGUUCAUAGGGUCAAGCUUCGUCGUCAAGAAGCAAGCUCUAAUCAAGAUAUCAUCAUAUGCAGUGAGAGCAGGUGAUGGAGGACAUGCAUACUUGAAGGAGUGGCUUUGGUGGGCGGGGUUUAUAUUACUGGGACUCGGAGAACUCUGCAACUUUAUGGCAUAUGCCUUCGCUCCUGCCACACUUGUCACUCCGUUGGGCGCCCUCAGCGUCAUUGUCUCAGCUGUGCUGUCGUCGUACUGUUUAAAUGAGACCCUAAAUCUUCUAGGAAAGAUUGGGUGUUUACUCUGUAUUAUGGGGUCUAUUGUCAUCGUCUUACAUACACCUACGGAUGAGGCUGGUCAUACUCUCAGCUGGCUAGCCAAAAGAUUGCAAUCACCGUCGUUCAUAUCGUACGUAUGUUUGGUAGUUAUCAGCUGUCUUGUUCUCAUAUUCGCCAUCAGUCCUCGCUGGGGACAGUCCAACAUCAUCAUCUACAUCCUUAUCUGUUCUCUGGUUGGCUCCCUCACCGUCAUGGCGUGUAAGGGCGUCGGCAUCGCGAUCAUCCAGUUCUUCGACGGGACCAACACCCUAGCUUCCCCCUUGACAUGGAUCCUCAUCAUACUCAUGAUCGUUUUCAUUACCAUCCAGAUGCACUAUCUCAACAAAUCUCUCGAUAUCUUCAACACCGCCGUCGUCACUCCUAUCUAUUAUGUCUUCUUCACCGCUAGCGUCCUUGUCGCGUCAUCACUCCUCUUCCAAGACUGGCGGAGGAUGACGGCCACCGAUGUCAUUGGUGCCCUCGAUGGUUUCGGUGUCGUUAUUUCAGGGAUUUUUCUCCUACACACCUUCAGGGAUUUAUCGAUGUCGUUGAAAGACUUGCCAUCGACCGGGAAGAUGACGACGACGACGAGCUCGUGCGCGGCUUCAAUUCAUGAACCACGGCUAGACACUAAUGAUUGUUGUAUUAAUGUAGAGUCUGUCAGUCUGCUUAAUGACUUAAGCAUUCAGAAUGACAUAUUGUCAGACCAGGAGAUGGCGUAACACACGCAAGCGGGUAUCAUGAACAGUAGUAACGAACUUCAAUAUUUGCCAGUUUAUUUUGAAAGGUCAAGUCCACCCCAGAAAAAUGUUGUUUUGAAUAAAUAGAGAAAAAUCAAAAUAGCAUAACGCUG